GGGUGCGGGGACUGCGGCAGAGCUGGUUGGGGCUGCGGCCGAGCUGGUUGCGACCGCGGCCCACAGCCUCCCACGUUGCCGCGGCACACUCCGCGGCAAGCGGUGCACAGGGCCACCAGCCUUCGUCCCGCGCCAAGACCACCACCUGGAGCCACCAGCCACCGCUGAAAACCGGUGCCGGGCGUCCAGGGCGCACCAUGAAGUCUGCGGUUAGCUCACGAGGGGGCGGCUCCGGGGGCCGCUCUGGCGGCGGCUGGGGCGGCGGCUGGGGCAGCGGCUGGGGCAGCAGCAGCAGCUGGGGCGGUGGGCGAAGUGGCGGCAAAGGAGGCGGCGGCGAUGGCGGUGGCUCUGGCGGCAAGGGCGGCUUCGGGGGACGGACGCGCGGUUCCGGCGGUGGCCGCGGCCGGGGACGCAGCGGCGGCGGCGAGGGCAGGGACCGCGGCGGCGGCGGGCGGCGGCGCGGCGGCGGGGCCAGGGGCAAGAACCGCCGCAAGAAGGGCAUCAAGACGGUGUCGGUGGAGCCCCAUCGACAUGAAGGCGUCUUCAUCUACCGCGGGGCGGAGGACGCGCUGGUCACGCUGAACAUGGUGCCCGGCUACUCGGUGUACGGCGAGCGGCGCGUCACCAUCACUGAGGGUGGCGUGAAGCAGGAGUACCGCACCUGGAACCCGUUCCGUUCCAAGCUGGCCGCGGCCAUCCUGGGCGGGGUCGACCAGAUCCACAUCAAGCCCAAGUCCAGAGUGCUGUACCUGGGCGCCGCCUCGGGAACCACGGUGUCCCACGUCUCUGACAUCGUCGGCCCCGAAGGCUUGGUCUACGCGGUGGAGUUCUCCCAUCGCGCCGGGCGCGACCUGGUCAACGUGGCCAACAAGCGCACCAACAUCAUUCCGGUCCUGGAAGAUGCCCGGCACCCGCUCAAGUACCGCAUGCUCGUGGGCAUGGUGGAUGUGAUCUUCGCGGAUGUGGCCCAACCCGACCAGUCCCGCAUCUUGGCUCUGAACGCCCACACCUUCCUGCGCAAUGGGGGCCACUUUCUCAUCUCCAUCAAGGCCAACUGCAUCGAUUCCACUGCGUCUGCCGAGGCGGUGUUUGCAUCUGAGGUGAGGAAGUUGCAGCAGGAAAAUUUAAAGCCUCAAGAGCAGCUGACCCUGGAGCCCUAUGAGAGGGACCACGCUGUGGUCAUCGGGGUCUACCGGCCGCUUCCCAAGAGCAGCAGCAAGUAGCACCCUGCUGGAGCUGCCCCAGAGACCUCCGCACACCUCCGCCUUCAGUGUUUCUGUGUCCGCGUGGGGCCGGCCUGAGACCUCCGCACACCUCCGCCUUCAGUGUUAUUGUGUCCGCGUGGGGCCGUCCUGAGACCUCCGCACACCUCCGCCUUCAGUGUUACUGUGUCCGCGUGGGGCCGUCCUGAGACCUCCGCACACCUCCGCCUUCAGUGUUUCUGUGUCCGCGUGGGGCCGUCCUGAGACCUGCGCCAGACUGCUGCCUUCAGUGUUACUGUGUCCUCGUGGGGCCGUCCUGAGACCUGCGCCACACCGCUGCCUUCAGUGUUACUGUGUACUUGUGGGGUUCUCCCUGAAAUUUCCUCCAGACUGCUGCCUUCAGUGUUACUCUGUGCGUGUGGGGCCGUCCUGAGACUGCUGCCUUCAGUGUUACAGUGAAUGUGUUUCCUCUGUGUUGUUUUCCUUUCUUUGGUUUUGCUAUUAAAUGGCUUAAAGAAA